AUGUCUGCGGGUAACUUGGACCUUGCAGAGGGAAAUGCCCUGACCAAAUUACAGCCUACAAAAGUGAACAAUUUAAGUAUGAUGGACAAAAAACUGUAUCUCUUGAAUGAAAAGAUGGACAAACUGCUGCAUUUCCAAGAAGAUCUGACAGGCAAACUGCAGCGAGUUAACAAAGGCAUUGAUGAUGUAGAAAAAGGCAUUAACAAGCUAACAGUAUCCCGAGCAGCUCCUGAUGAGACAGACGCAAUGAAAAAAGGCCUAAAGGUAUCGGACAGUACUCACCAGACUGACAUCCAGAGCAUAUGCUCAGAAGUGUUGAAAUUGAUGAAAGCUGCCCAGCUAGACGCCUCGAAGCAUAAGGAGAGGCUGGCAAAGAUAGAGAAAAGGGUUGAUACACUGGAUAAAGUUAUUACAUUUGUGGGAGAAGUAUUAAAAAAUUCUAAAGUAGUGGAUUUUAUUCUCAAAGGCAUUGUGCCCUGGAAGAAGGGGAGUCUGCUGGAAAUCCUUGUUGAGGCCAAAGAUAAGCCUGAGGAGAGUGGUGCAAAACCUAAGCAUGUGCUUAGUAACAGAGGAACCCAAACUGAAAGCAAGAAGCCUCUGGAAGAGACAAAAAGUGGGAAAAAGCUGGAUGAAAACAAGGGAGCAUGUGAGAAGGCAAAUGCUUCUAGUGCUGUAGCCCACAAAGCUGACUCCAAACCCCAAGUUAAAGAGAGGACAGUGCAGCAGCAAGCAGUAGAAGAUCAUGUAGGCAACCAAAAUGUUCCUGCUAAAGCACACGAUAUGGACAGAGCCCCACGCCUGGAAGAGUGCCACAGGCAGCUUGUUCAUCAGAAACUCGGAGAGAAUGAAAACAAACCUCCAUCAUCGAGUGCGGCAUCCCGGGAAGCUGUGCCCUCCACAUCCCGGGCUAUAUCUGACACAGGGUGUGAAGUGACACGUACCAGGAUAUCCAUCAAUGUACAUAUGAGUGAAAUGAAAGAAAAGAUUGAGAUGACCAAGGAAGGAAGCUUAAAUGAUCACAGAGGUAAAAGCUCCAAAGUGAAAUCCCCACCAUCCUCCACCCCAGCAGAAGUGGAAGGAGUCGAACAGCCGCCUGACAAAUUAAAACUUCAGCAGAGUCCUAAAAACAUCAGCACUGAGCCAAAUCGAGAAGUGAAAGAGGACAAUAAGCAAAAUGAACUUGCACCUCAAACAGGGAAGCAACAGCCAUUAGUGAGCAAGCCCAAACCAGGUAAAAAGGCUGAAGAGAAAUCAGGAUUAAAAUGCAAGCCCAUAACCUCACAGAAUACCUCUGCAAAGGAGCCUACGAAAGAUCUGGGAGCAGAACCAAAAAUCCAUCAAGAAACAGCAAAAGCAGAAGAACCCCUGACAGAUACCAAUUCUGAGAGGAGCGAAUCUGAGUCUGCAUCUUCAGGGGGAAGUGAAAACGAUGCCCAUCAGUCUAUGGGAAUGGCACCAGAGAAGGCAAAGUCAUUGGAAGCUACCAACGAGCUUCCCACACAGGAUGAAACCAUUAUCGAUGACAGCCCUUCUCCUCCAGCUCCUUUCGAACAUCGCAUAGUGAGCGUCAAGCAAACAGAGGUGACAACGUGCUACUCAGUGUGUCGUCACGAAGUUCUGGGGGGGGGGCGUUUUGGGCAAGUUCACAAGUGCACGGAAAUAUCAACUGGUCUCAACCUGGCAGCCAAAAUCAUAAAAGUGAAAGGAGCGAAAGAGAGGGAGGAAGUAAAAAAUGAAAUUAACAUCAUGAACCAGUUAAAUCAUGUGAAUCUCAUCCAGCUUUAUGACGCUUUCGAAGCAAAAAAUAAUAUCACUUUGAUCAUGGAAUAUCUUGAUGGUGGUGAAUUAUUUGACCGGAUCACAGAUGAAAACUACAAUCUAACUGAGUUGGAUGCGAUCCUAUUUACCAAACAGAUUUGUGAAGGAGUCCACUACUUGCACCAGCAUUAUAUUCUCCAUUUAGAUCUGAAGCCUGAAAACAUACUAUGUGUAAAUCACACAGGAAACCAGAUUAAAAUUAUUGACUUUGGAUUAGCAAGGAGGUACAAACCUCGAGAGAAACUGAAGGUUAAUUUUGGAACUCCAGAGUUCUUGGCUCCUGAAGUGGUGAACUAUGACUUUGUUUCCUUCCCAACGGACAUGUGGAGUGUAGGCGUCAUCACGUAUAUGUUGCUUAGUGGCCUGUCCCCGUUCCUGGGAGAAACGGAUGCAGAGACAAUGAAUUAUGUAGUCAACUGCAGCUGGGAUUUUGAUGCAGAAGCAUUUGAACAGCUAUCAGAGGAAGCUAAAGACUUCAUUUCCAGAUUACUCGUGAAGGAGAAAAGCUGCCGGAUGAGUGCAACGCAGUGUCUGAAGCACGAGUGGUUAAAUGAUCUACCUGCCAAAGCCAAGAAGUUCAAGCUUCGUCUGAAGUCCCAGUUGUUGCUGCAGAGUUACCUGGCUCACAGAAAAUGGAAGAAACACUUUUAUGUGGUGGCUGCUGCUAACAGGCUGAAGAGAUUUCAGAGUAUGUCUGUCAAGCUUGCAUAAGCUCGUAUGAAGCAUCUACCCCUCCUGGAGAUGGACAUGAAGCCAUGGAAGAAGGACUUAGUAUCGUCAAUAAUUUCUACCCCUUUGUUUUAUAACGUAAGGUUUUGGGUCUGUCCUCCUCAAAUAUUAUGCGUGUUAGUGCUAAGGUUCCAGAAGUGCCUCAAGGCAGAGGCGCUGAAAUAAUUUCUAAAAGCAGAAGCUACCUUGUUUGUUUUUACAAGUUUUCAGUUGCACAUAGUGAUGGAAAAACAUG